UAUUAAUGUAAUAAUAUGCACUCAAUUAAAACAUUUGAACUGCACAGACCCUGUCGGAAUGUCGGAGGAACACACUGGGCUGUGGGAAGUAGUGCCGGUCAGUUCAGACUGGAUAAGUUCAGACAGUGGCGGCGGAAGAGCUCAGAGGUUCCCGCAGGCGUUCAUCUUCUGAGGACUUUUCUAGCAGUCGCAGACACAGCUCCAGCCAUGUCUCAGACGAAGACUACGGGCUCUGCCUUCAUUCAAAGGCAGCAGAUGCAUGCUGCCAUGGCAGAAACCUUCCUGGAGCACCUGUGCCUGCUGGACAUCGACUCUGAGCCUACUGUGUCUCGCAACACGGGCAUCGUCUGCACGCUCGGACCUGCCUCCCGAUCUGUGGAGACAUUGAAGGAGAUGAUCAAGUCCGGCAUGAACGUUGCACGUAUGAACUUCUCCCAUGGAACUCACGAGUACCAUGCUGAGACCAUCAAGAAUGUUCGUGACGCCACUGAGAGUUUUGGACCUGGCAGCAUUGAGUACCGACCUGUGGCCAUUGCUCUGGAUACCAAAGGCCCUGAGAUCAGGACUGGACUUAUUAAGGGCAGUGGCACUGAGGAGGUCAAGCUUGUCAAAGGUAACAUGAUCAAGCUCACUCUGGAUGACAACUUCAAGGACAAUUGCAAUGAGAACAUUCUGUGGCUGGACUACAAGAACAUCACAAAGGUGGUGCAGCAGGGCAGCUUUGUUUACAUAGACGAUGGUCUUAUUUCACUCAAGGUUAAGGAAAUUGGUUCUGAUUUCCUGAACUGCGAGAUUCAGAAUGGAGGCAUGUUGGGCAGCAAGAAAGGCGUGAACCUGCCUGGGGCCAGUGUUGACCUGCCCGCAGUGUCUGAGAAGGACAUUCAGGACCUUCAGUUUGGUGUGGAGCAGAAUGUCGACAUGGUUUUUGCCUCCUUCAUCCGGAAAGCUGCUGAUGUGCACGCUGUCAGGAAGGUGCUCGGAGAGAAAGGCAAGGACAUCAGGAUUAUCAGCAAGCUGGAGAACCAUGAGGGUGUGCGCAAAUUUGAUGAGAUCCUGGAGGCUAGCGAUGGUAUCAUGGUCGCCCGUGGAGAUCUGGGUAUUGAGAUCCCAACGGAGAAGGUGUUCCUGGCUCAGAAGAUGAUGAUUGGUCGCUGCAACAGAAUCGGUAAACCAAUCAUCUGCGCCACACAGAUGCUGGAGAGCAUGAUCAAGAAGCCCCGCCCCACCCGUGCCGAGAGCAGCGACGUGGCCAAUGCCGUGCUCGACGGUGCAGACUGUAUCAUGCUGAGCGGAGAGACCGCAAAGGGUGAAUACCCUCUAGAGUCUGUGCGCACACAGCACCAGAUCGCCCGUGAAGCAGAGGCUGCUAUGUUCCACAGGCAGGUAUUUGAGGAGCUUCGCCGUACCACCCAUCUGACCCGUGACCCCACUGAGUCCGUGGCCAUUGGUUCAGUGGAAGCUUCCUUCAAGUGCUGUGCCAGUGCCAUCAUUGUGCUCACCAAGACUGGCAGGUCUGCCCAGCUGCUGUCCAGAUACAGGCCACGUGCUCCUAUCAUGGCCGUGACCCGUAACGGCCAGACAGCCCGGCAGCUGCACCUGUAUCGCGGCGUCAUCCCCAUCCUCUACACCAAGCCUGCUAAUGAUGUAUGGGCUGAGGAUGUGGAUCUACGUGUCAGCUUUGCCCUGGAGAUCGGCAAAGCCCGGAAGUACUUCAAGUCUGGCGACGUUAUCAUCGUUGUCACAGGCUGGCGUCCAGGAUCUGGCUACACCAACACCAUGCGCAUUGUUGUGGUGCCUUGAGCUUAACCUCAUGAACUGUACCCUUCACCCCCAGCCCCCAGGAUGUUUUCACAUGCAAACAUUGUGUCAGCUGUUCAGCCUCCAAUAAAGAUAUUCAAGUGCCAAAAAUAGAGGUGGUGUUGCUCAUAUGCUUAAACUUGCAUCAAACCCUUUGAAUCCCUUUUCAUACCACCAGAAAAUUAUUUUCAUCAGCACUGUGCUGCAUGUGUCUGCAGUGAACUUUUUGUAUCCCGAGACAUUGUGGAAUUCCAUUACUUUUCCCUGUAUGUUUUGUUUUUUGUUGUUUUUCUUGUUGAAAACGAUUAAACAGCAUAUCGUUUUGUUCA